ACACUGUUUAUUCAAUUGAAAGUUGAAUUAAAGUAGUUCAGAAAGUUUUAAAUUCAUAUUGUUUAUUAGUCUGUUUUAACUAUGUCAGGUUCCUAUGAAGAUCCCCCCGAGAUGAGCACAUUGAGCCAAGUUAUUGAUCAUGAACAUAUGAUCAAAAUUACAUCAAAUUUCACAAGGUUGGGAGACCGAUGUUACUUAGAAAAUGCUGGUGCUACUUUAUACCCUCAGUGCUUACUAGCGAAUGUACAUGAAGACCUAGUCAGCAAUGUCUACAUGAACCCACACACAGACAAAUAUACCAAGGACUGUAUAGAACAAAUCAGGAGUACAAUCCUCAAACAUUUCAGCACUGAUCCGUCACAAUACACUGUAAUAUUCACAUCGGGUACAACACAAGCUUUGAAACUAGUCGUCGAGGCUUUCCAAUUCUCCGCAGAUAUCCAUGACAUCAAGAAUCCAGGUUCUUUUGUUUAUCUAAGAGAUAAUCACACUUCAGUUCUUGGCCUCAGAGAAAUAGCUGCUGAUAAAAAUGCUGACAUCAUACAUUUAUCUCAUGAAGACUUCUUGGCAGCAGUAAACACUCCGGCAAGAAACUAUGCUUGGAAAGACAAGUUUAAAGGGCGAAGUGAUACAAACACAUUGCUUGUAUACCCUGCUCAAAGUAACUUUAAUGGCUUUAAAUAUCCCAUUGAUUGUAUGGACAAUAUUCGAAACGGAUGCUUCAACAGUCAUUUGAAAAAACAUUUGUGCAAAAUAAAUUGCAACUGGUAUGUGUUGCUUGAUGCUGCGUCUUUUGUCUCCACAAACAAAUUGGAUUUAUCUAAAACACAGCCUGAUUUUGUGUGCAUGUCAUUCUACAAAAUAUUUGGGUAUCCAACCGGAUUGGGCGCUCUUUUAGUGAAGAACAGUAGCCAUGAUGUUUUGUGCCAGAAAAAGUAUUUUGGCGGCGGGACAGUAGACAUUGUUUUAAGUACAGAAGACUUUCAUGUGAAGCGAAAACAUCUGCACGAAAGCUUAGAAGACGGAACCGUACCAUUCUUAUCAAUAAUAUCUCUGAAACAAUGUUUCGACAACAUGCACAAAUUGAUACCCAAGACCAUUUACGAUGAUUUGAUGGAGACGAUAUCUUACCAUACGUUUUAUUUAGCGAAAGAUCUGUAUGGUCAGUUAAAGGAUCUACAGCAUUUAAAUGGCAAUAAAGCUACAGUACUUUACAUGGAUUCUGAUUUCACUGAUAUAAAGAAGCAAGGUGGAACUGUAACGUUUAAUCUGUUAAGAGAAGAUGGAUCGUAUAUUGGGUACGCUGAGUUUCAACAUAUGGCGGAUCUAUUCAACAUUAGUGUUAGGACGGGAUGCUUCUGUAACUCCGGAUCUUGCCAACGACAUCUAUCGGCGAGCAACAAAGAGCUCAAAGACAUGUACAGAGCCGGGCACGUGUGUGGGGAUGAGGUGGACCUUGUCGAUGGAAGGCCAACAGGAGCCAUCAGAGUCUCCUUCGGCUACUUCAACACCUUCAACGACGUCGAUAAACUUAUCACCAUGAUCUGCAGAUGCUUCGUCAAAACAAAACUCAAACAGCCCAAGCGUAUUGCCAUGAUAAACAACCACAGAACUAUUGUAGAUGCUCUCAAGUCAAAUAGGCUGUACAACGGUAUCACGCAUUCCCAUAAAAUAAUGAAAGAACAAGAAUUCUUCAAUAAUAUUCAUGAAGCUCAGGAUGUUCCUCAAGUGAAUUCCAAAAUCGUCUUGAAGGAGGUAGCCAUCUUCCCGAUCAAGUCGUGUGGCGCUUUCAAGAUACGCUCGUCUUGGAAGAUAGGACAGAAAGGCUUUGAAUACGACAGGGAAUGGAUGAUCAUAAAAGACAAUGGAGUCUGUUUGACACAAAAACAAAAUGCAAGGAUGUGUCUGAUACGCCCGAAAAUAGAUCUGCAAUUAAGGACUAUGACGUUACAUUUCAAAGGUAGGACUCCCGUCGCCAUUCCUCUUGACCAAAAACCUCACAAGCUCAAAGAAUCCACAUUCUGCCACAGCAAAGUCUGUACCGACACAGUUCAGGGUUACGAUUGUGGCGACGAAGUGGCUGACUGGAUCUCCGAGGCAUUAGAAAUCUCAUACCUUCGUUUAAUCAGGCAAUCGAGUGACGACAAUCGGGUCCAGAAGAAAAAGCAUGAUGGCGAUCAAAAACUGCUGUCACUGAGCAACCAAGCCCAAUUUCUCUUGAUAAACAAAGCCACAGUGAGGUGGCUUGGUAACAAAAUCCAUGACCCGCUCUUCACUGACGAUAUAGAAAGCUUAACGGACCGUUUUAGAGGAAACAUUAUUAUUGAUAUGGAAAGCGAACUGGCUGAACGCGACUGGAACAAAUUGAUUAUUGGGAAUCAUGAGUUUAGGGUGGAAGGACUCUGCCCAAGAUGCCAGAUGGUAUGCAUCAAUCAACACACAGGCGAAAAGACAGUAGAACCUCUUCGGACUAUAUCUGAACAGUUCGCAGGGAAACUACGUUUCGGUAUCUAUCUGUCCUACUUAGGCCCCGUUGACGGAUCUAAAGAUCGCUACCUCAAAAUACACGCUCCUGUCAAGCCAAUAAUUAAUGAUGACGACAUUAGUAGGUGAAACAUUGAUCUGUUGAAUGUAUUUUAAUUAGGGAAAAAAUAUUUUCUAUUGGGGUAUAUCUAUAUGGUGGCUGGGUAAUGCACAGGGUUUUAACGCUUGAUACCACAAAUUAUGAGGGUUUAAAACUGAUAACAUUAUCUGAUAAUUGUCUUGUGGGGCUGUAUCCGUAUCUCAUCAAGAAGUCAUCUCAUAAUUUAUAAUGCCGUCACUACGUGUAUAUCACAUGUGUAAUAUUGCCCCAGAGAAAAAAUAUUUUUGGAUAAAUUAUUCACAUUUUCGAAUAGCCAACUUUAAGUCAGCAAAGAAAUCUAAAUAAUUGGACGUCGAUUGCAAUAUUUGUUUUUACAUGAUUCAGAUUGAAAUGAUUAUAACAGUCGGUCAGCUAGCUACGAAUAUUUGUAAAACUUUAUAUUUUACUAAUUUAAUUAAUUUUAAUAUAACAUACUUCUAAUUGCAAACUUGAAACAAUCAAUAGCUUUACAUGCACAUCACAUCUUUUUAUUUAUAAAUAUUGUACAUACAAAAGCAAUGCAAUAUUUGUCAUGACUUGUUGAGAAUAACAUUUCUGUCUAUUUUGACGUAACAACGUAAAUAAUUAUUAAAAAGAGCUCUUAAUGAGAUAUGGAACUGUUCCAAUUUUAUUUUUGUAACACUUUUCUACUAAUAUUUUCAAAGGCCUUUUAAUCAGUCUAAUAUGUGCAGGUACUUAUGGCUGUGUUUUCAUAUAAAUAGAUUAAUACAAAAAUAUUAUUACAUAAAUAAUGAGGGGUUUAAUUAAGUAGCAAAGAAUAUUUUAUUAUGUACGUUUUUAUAUAUUUACUAUUAUACAUAGAACUUGUAAUAUUCUUAUUACUUUUUUAGUGAAGCUAGUAGUUCAUUUAAAACGUUCACCUCAAUAGAAACUGAUAUUUAAGAAUCGCCAUUUGACAGCUCUAGAAAUAAAAACUUAGGCUUUUAUAUGUAUUUUUGAUAUUUAUUAAAUGAUCCAACGGCUUACUCAGCAUUUAUCGGGGUUGCCCAACUAGUUUCGAACCCAACCGGAACCGGAGUUUCGAUAAACCGGAGUUCGGAACCAGAUAAAUACGCGUGAGUAAACGGUUGCAUCAUUUAAUAAUGAAUCAAAAUGUUUGAAUUACUUGAACAUUCCAAUUUGAAGUUCAUACUUCACUUGUUAGUUAGUAUUUGUGUGCUGUGCAAAAAGGAUGGUACACAUCUUUCUCAUCUGCAAGUCUUACUUCAUUAGGUGGUCUUAGGAUCCCAGUUGCCUACAUGCAGUGUGAAACUGUGUAUUUUGUUGUCUCAUAGUUUUUUUUUAAUGAAUUAAAAGUAUGAAGGUUAUACGUAAUUUUACGUAAUUUCAUUGGUACCUACGAAAUGUGAUAAUUUAGUAUAUAUAUUACACAUUAUAGCUUAUUUAAGCACCACAUAAUAAAUUAUAUUAUUAUUAUACAUUGAAAUUAAAAACUGUUAUAUUUUUCCUAUUUUAUUUAUUUCUAUGACUAGUUUUAUGUUACAGUUGUUGAUUAAAUAAAAUUUACGAUAUUGCACAAUUGA